AUGUCCUCCUUCCUCCACCAGAGAACUCUCCAGAACCCCUUCUCCAACCCAUUCCCCGUUUCAGCUCCAUCUUCAGCCAAUUCCAAGAGACCCUUCUCCUCCAUUCUGGGUCCCACAACCCUCCUUGCUCUCCUCUCUCUCGUAGUCAUAGUUGGCGUCUUCUGCCCCUGGGUCAGCAUGCCCCAAGGUUUCUCCUUCACUUCAACUUCAACCUCAGAUUCCAAAUGGGGCCACUACACACUGGAACAAGCGCUCCCCUUCGUCGCCAAAAAUGGCUCCGUCAUAGUCUGCAUUGUGAGCCAACCCUACUUGCCCUUCCUCAACAACUGGUUGAUUAGCAUAACCAUGCAGAAACGCCAGGAUAUGGUCCUUGUCAUUGCCGAGGACUACGCCUCGCUGGACCGAGUCAAUGAUCUUUGGCCUGGCCACGCUGUUCUCAUCCCUCCCGUGCUUGAUGCUGAAGCUGCCCAUAAGUUUGGCUCUCAGGGUUUCUUCAACUUUACAGCCAGGAGGCCUAACCAUCUGCUGAAGAUUUUGGAGCUUGGAUAUAGCGUGAUGUACAAUGAUGUUGAUAUGGUUUGGUUGGCUGAUCCAUUUCCUUAUCUUCUAGGGAACCAUGAUGUGUACUUUACUGAUGAUAUGACUGCAAUCAAAGCAUUGAAUCAUUCCCACGAUUUACCACCACCAGGAAGAAAGGGUCGUCCUUACAUUUGUAGUUGCAUGAUUUUCCUCCGCCCUACCAAUGGAGCAAAACUAGUUUUGAAAAAGUGGAUUGAGGAACUUCAGAUUCAACCAUGGUCUAAAACUGUGAAAUCUAAUGAUCAGCCUGCUUUUAACUGGGCUUUAAUGAAGAUUGCUAAAGAGGUAGAUUUGUACCUGCUUCCACAGGCAGCAUUCCCUACAGGCGGAUUAUAUUUCAAGAACAAGACAUGGGUCAAGGAAACUAAAGGAAUGCAUGUUAUCAUUCAUAAUAACUAUAUCGUUGGCUUUGAGAAGAAAAUAAAGCGGUUUCGUGACUAUGGCUUCUGGUUGGUGGAUGAUCAUGCACACGAGUCCCCUCUAGGUGGAUUAUGA